GGCCCCCACUAUUGGGCAGCUUCACAGUCCUCUACCCUUGCGUAAUGAAAUAUAUUUCUGCAAAUGUGCUUAGCACGGUUUCAUAAAUAAGUGUAGGUGUGACGUAAAUGGAUCAGUGGGUCCCCAUUUAAGCAGCCCUUCAGGAAUUGAACCUCCUUAAGACACUCCCUGAGAGUUCAUGGUAUAUCUCCUGUGAGAUAAUAUAGGGUCCCUUGAUUACAAUGCAAACUUCAUUUGAUUAAGGCAUAUUUGGGCAAUUACAUGAGAUUCUGCUAGUUAUGAAGUAUAUCUCGCCUGGAUUUUAUCCACUUCAUUCUCUAAAUUUGCAUUUUUAUUCACAUAUACAGCAACCCCAGCUGCUAACCGUGAACUAUGAAAUAACUUUUAUUCAGCUUAUUGAACUUUGAUAUGGGAAAAAUUUACAACUUUCUACGUCAAUGAAGCACUAUUGUUUCUGAAAGUUGUCUUUUAUAUCUUCUACAGACUGCUUGAAGCUUACUAACUUCCUACACCUUGAUCCUUUAGAUACAUAUACACACACAUAGACAUCUAUCUUUCAUUAUAAAUAUUUAUACUUUGGAUAAGUUGAGUCAUUCAUGUAAAAAGUUACGUUUACAUUUUAUGAAGAUAACAUUGUAAAAUUUCUACUGUUGAAUCCCAACUUUUUAAGUGUCCCCUAUAUCUUAUUCUGUUUAUCAUUUCAGAAUAUCAGAGGCCAUUGACAGAACAGAAUUGUUAACUGCAGUCACAUCAUCGUUAUUAUCUUCUAAAGACAAAGAGAAAAGAUGUACAGAACAGAUAUAACUUUUAACCUUGUUUUUAUAAAUCCAUGGUGAAUUUUGUUUAAUCUUGUGGAAAAAGAAAAUCACUUGGAAAUUUAUGUGAGAAAUUUCACGGAGUUUCCUUGAGACAUGCCAAAAGUAAUACGAAAAUUAUACAACUGUGACGUGUGUAAAAGGUCAUUUUGUAAGGCCAUUACACUCACUACUCACAAAUGUAUUAAUUCCCAUCACUGUGAUGUCUGUAGUAAAUCAUUUUCUCGUGCAGAUAGUUUGGCUUCACACAAAUAUAUUCAUACUGGAGAAAAGCCACAUAGCUGUGGAAUCUGUGGUAAAUCAUUUUCUCAUAAACAUCAUUUAGUUAGACACAACUAUAUUCAUACAGGAGAGAAACCACAUCAUUGUGACAUCUGUGGUAACUCAUUCUCCGAUGGAAGUACCUUAACUAAACACAAACGUAUUCAUACAGGGGAGAAACCAUAUCGUUGUGAUAUCUGUGGUAUAUCAUUCUCUCAGAUUAUUCACUUAACUAGACACAUAACGAGUCACACAGGAGAAAAACCAUACAAAUGUGAUUUCUGUGAUAAAUCGUUCUCUCAAACAUAUAUUUUAGAUAAACAUAUACGGACCCAUACUGGAGAAAAGCCGUUUCACUGUAACUUCUGUGGUGAAUCAUUUUCUCAAAACAGUCACUUAACUACGCAUAAAUAUAUUCAUACAGGAGAGAAACCAUAUCACUGUAGUAUCUGUGGUGAGGGAUUUUCUCAAAAAUGUUACUUAACUGGACAUGAGUAUGCUCACGCAGGAGAGAAACCUUAUCACUGUGAUCUGUGUGAUGAAUCAUUUUCUUUAAAGGGAGAUUUAACUCAGCACAGACUGACUCAUGUUGGAGAAAAACCUUGUUACUGUAACAUCUGUGGUAAAUUGUUCUUUGAUAAAAGUGUCCUCCGUAGUCACAAAGAGAAUCAUGAAGAGGCAAAGCGCUAUCGCUGUGAUAUCUGUGGCAAAUCAUUCUUCGCAAACAGCAGCUUAACUAACCACAUUCGCAGUCACACAGGAGAGAAACCGUAUCAGUGUGAUGUCUGUGGUAAAUCAUUUUCUGUCAGAAGUAAUUUAAGAAAACACAAAUAUAUUCAUACUGGAGAGAAACCAUAUCCCUGUGAUAUCUGUGGUAAAUCAUUCUCUUUAAAGAGUAACUUAACUAGGCAUAGGUAUAUUCAUACAGGAGAGACACCAUAUCACUGUGAUGUCUGUGGUAAGUCAUUUUCUGGCGGAAGUAACUUAACUAAUCAUAAACGCAUUCAUACAGGGGAGAAACCAUUUCACUGUGAUAUCUGUGGUAAAUCAUUUACCGUAGCAAGUAACUUAACUAAUCACAAACGUACUCAUACAGGAGACAAACCAUAUCACUGUGAUAUCUGUGGAAAAUCAUAUUGUCAAAUGAGAAACUUAACUAGACACAAAUCCAUUCAUACAGAAGAGAUGUGAUAUCAUUGACAGGUGUAGCAAAUCCUCUCACUUAACUAUACAAAAGCUAGACACAUGGUAAGACGGAUAAAUUUCCAUUUACAUGAAGCUUCAACAGCCCAACAACAAGUUGCAUCAACAUUUAGUGUUGAAAUAUCAGUUUCAAAUUUUGGCUCAAGGCCAGCAAUUUUGUGGGAGUGGUUUAAGUUGAUUACUUUGGGCCCAGUGAUCAACUGGUACUCUUUUUUUUUUUUUAUUGACCUCAAAAGGAUGAAAGUCAAAGUUGAUACCAACAGCAUUUGAACUCAAAGCAUAAAGCCAAAAUAAAUUCCACCAAGCAUUUUGUCUGCCAUGGUAAUUCUACCAGGUCACUGCUUUGAAUUGCAUUAAUAUCAAAUCUCAUUCUAUGAAAUUAAUAUAUAACCAUCAACAUUCAGACUCAUCAUCAUUAGUAUCUUACGAACACGAAAUAUUUCCCUGUACAUUCCUUUUGUGUGUAUAAUUUCUGAAUAUAUAAGAUAUACAAUAUACAUAGAUGUAGGAGUGGUUGUGUGGUAACAAGCUUGCUUCCCAACUACAAGGUUCUGGUUCAGUUCCAUUGCAUAGCACCUUGGGCAGGUCUUCUACUAUAGCUUCAGGCUGACCAAAGCCUUGAGUGGAUUUGAUAGAUGGAAACUGAAAAAAACCCAUUGCAUAUAUAUAUAUAUAUAUAUAUAUAUAUGUGUGUGUGUGUAUAUUAUAUAUAUAUGUGUGUAUACUUUUAUUAAAAAUCAAAAAAAAUAUUCACAAACUGUUACUCAGAGUUUCAUAUUAAUGCUUGUCAAACAGUUCUAAUCACAGUUGUCCAAUGAAAGUGUAAUAAAUGCAUAUUACUCUAUCUUUCGUAUUCGAGUACUAGUUUUUCCCCCACAUUGUUUUGCAUUACUCACGUAUACAUAUACAUAUAUAUAUAUAUAUAUGUGUGUGUGUGUGUGUUUGUGUCUCCUUGUCUCAAUAUCACAUGAUAGUAGUAAAUAAUUGUCGCUGACGUACAAGCAUUGAGAACACAACUGGCCUUGGGGAUACAAUACUUUGCUGGGCAGCAGGAAGAACAUCUGGCUGUGCAAAAUCAGCCAUAAUAAGCUUUGUCUGACCCAUGCAAGCUUGAAAAUGGUGAUGAUGAUUUUCAGGGAUGCUAGGAGGUAUAUAUUUUACUAUAAGAAACUUUGCAGCAUUUCAUUUUAACUGCUAUUUUGAAUUAUGGAUUUUUAAGACAAUAAAAAAUUGUAUUUAACAA